UUUUUUGUUAUGGCCAAAUUGACUAGGUUCAAGCUUGUGCUUUUAAAUAUUUCUGGAGCGCUGUAUACUGCAGUGGCUAUUACUGGCAUUGCUUUUAUUAAUCUUUAUUGGACAUGCCCAGAUAUUAAUGAAGAUGGUGAUUGUUUCUGGCCAAGUAUAUUUGCUGUGAUAAUUCUUAUUGAACUUUUUGCCAAUUUAAUUCUUUUUCAUUAUUACAAUAAAAGAAAUCAGGUUCAAUAUUGGACAGCCAAAAGCAGUUCACUUCUUGAUGGACGUGGCUUUGAACAAAGGGCUGACUAUGCGUUAAAUGGACAAUUUGUUGCUAAAAAAGGGAAUGUCUCCUUGUCAAUUCAAAAUGGAACAUUACCUGUAUCUUCGCGUUCUGAAGAAACACCUAAAAGUUUUACCAAAUACGCGAUUUGCGAGGAUGGUACUUAUGUUGUUCCCCGUCGUUGUCAUCAUUGCCCUCUAUGUGGAAUUUGUGUUCUUCGAAAGGACCACCACUGUCUCAUGUUAGGUGGUUGUGCAGGACUUGCAAAUCAGCGAUAUUUCAUAGUUUUUCUCUUUUGGGCAUCGCUUGGGGCGAUUUAUGGUUCUUAUUUUAACUUUGUGUUUUUGAAUAAACAUAUGAUGUAUUGGUUUCCUUAUGGUUGGCUUUGCUUUUUAGGACCGGUUUCAAUGAUUCGUUGGGUGCUCGGCUGGGAGACGGCAUUCAAUAUGGGUAUGGCAGUUCUUUUUUCAUUCUCUUUUGCUUCAACACUCGGAGCCUUUGGAUUUUUCAUCUUUCAAGUAGUUCUUUAA